AUGAACCGGAACUACACCACUGUUAUUGUUGCCAUAUUGGGAAAUACACGCGUUGCGGUACUAAUUCGCUGAACGUAAAGAACGGUAGUUUGAUUAGUCCAUCAUGCCACCCAAGAAGAAGGAUGAGUCUGACAAGCCACCACCACUUAUCGGUAGAGUAGGAACCAAUCUCAAAAUAGGCAUUGUUGGUCUGCCUAACGUAGGAAAAUCUACAUUUUUUAACUGUCUAACAAAGAGCCAGGCUCAGGCUGAAAAUUUUCCCUUUUGCACAAUUGAUCCAAAUGAAAGUCGUGUCCCUGUACCAGAUAAAAGAUUUGAUUUCCUGUGUGAAACUUAUGAACCACUCAGCAAAGUGCCAGCAUUCUUGAAUGUUGUUGAUAUUGCUGGUCUGGUCAAGGGUGCCCAUGAAGGAAAAGGACUUGGCAAUGCUUUCUUGUCAAACAUCAGUGCUUGUGAUGCCAUAUUUCAUUGUAUCCGUGCAUUUUCUGAUGAAGAAAUCAUACACGUAGAAGGGGACGUAGAUCCUGCCCGUGAUCUGGAAAUCAUCCAUGAUGAGAUCCGUUUGAAAGAUCUGGAAUAUUUGAACAAGCAUUUGGAACCUCUAGAGAGAAGUGUGACAAGAGGUGCAGGGGACAAGAAGAAAAAAGAAGAGUUUGAUGUUUUAAAGAAAGUUCAAGAAACACUGAAUGAUAACAAGUGGGUGAGGAAUGUGGCUUGGGAUGUGAAAGAGAUUGAAGUACUUAACCAGCAUCUGUUCCUAACAUCCAAACCUGUGAUUUACCUGGUCAACUUGUCAGAGAAAGAUUACAUUAGGAAGAAAAAUAAAUGGCUAUUAAAGAUUAAAGAAUGGAUUGACGCUAAGGACCAUGGGGCUACUGUUAUUUUAUUUAGUGGGGCUCUAGAGUCAAAGCUUUUAGACAUGGCCACACAGGAGGAAAGGGAUGCUUAUCUCAAGGAGCAUGAAACAACCAGUGCUUUAGAGAAAAUCAUUGUGAAUGGCUACAAGGCACUAAAUUUGAUCUAUUUCUUUACAUCUGGUAAAGAUGAAGUUAAGGCAUGGACAAUUCAGGUUGGAACAAAAGCACCUGGGGCAGCUGGUAGGAUCCACACAGAUUUUGAAAAAGGCUUCAUCAUGGCUGAAGUAAUGGCCUACGAUGACUUCUUUGAGCUGAAAUCCGAAGCUGAAUGCAAGGCCCAUGGCAAGUACAAACAGAAGGGAAGAGACUAUGUUGUACAAGAUGGAGAUAUUAUUUUCUUUAAAUUUAAUGCUGGGGCUGGUUUGUCAGGAAAGAAGAAGUGAUUGUAGAAAAAUUUUAGGUCUUUCACAUUUUAUUGAAUUGGUUGGCUCAUGGCCUUGUGUUGAAUGGAAGGCUUUUUGUUGGUGUUAAAUUAGCUGUAAUAAAUAUACAUCUUUUUCUUAAAGAUGGCACUGACAAAGCAGCUAAUUAACUUUCUGAGUUAUUUUUACAGUUAUACUUCUGUUGAGUGUAUAACCUGGUUGAUAACUUCACUUUUAAUUUGAGUGUGAAUGUGUUUGAUUCUUGUUAAAUAUAAAGUGAGGAAUACCUGUAGCUUGACAAAUUGUUUCUCUUUAAUUUCCAUGUCAUUGUUUUACCACUUAGCAACAGCUAUUGAAAGUUAGUGAAUAAGUUUCCUUUAGUAAAUAUUUAUUAUAAAUUAGCUUUGAAGCUAAAAUUUUGAUUAUAUUAGGUUUUUAAUUGUAGAAAAUGUUUGUAGAAAUUUUCAAGUUAUUCAAAAGCUUCCUAUUUUAACUUUGUAUUUAAAAAAUCAGUAAGUUUCUGUAACAUGUAUUUAUUUUUUGAAUUUAAAAAUAAAAUGAAUUCAUUUA